AUGGAUGAUGAUAUAUGUGGAAACUUUGAUUUUUUGAGGAUGUAUUUACAUGAUGAUUUGGAAAAAAGUACACUUGAUUUUCAUAAAAAUGAUAAUAUUAAGAAAUAUUGCUCUAAUGACGGUUCAGGAGAAAAAAAAUGCAAUACUGAUCUCGAUAAAAUUAAGGCUGGAUUUUUGUGGUUACUUGAAAAAAAUUGUUCUAUAUCCAAAAAGACAUAUUCUGAUGAAAGUAUUAAUGCAAUUUUUCUAUAUAUUAUUUCAUGGUUAAGUUACAAAUUAAAUCAAAACUCAGAGCACUAUUUCACCAAAAUAAACGAUUUUUUUACUGAAUAUGUAAAUAAUAAUCAAGAGUAUGAUAAAAUUAUACAAAAUUCCCAAGGUUGUAAAAAUCUUAAGGAAAUAAUAAAUAAAAAAAGUGAUUUAUUGAAUAUUGAUAUUCAAGAUAUGUCUAAUUUUUAUGAUGUAUUUAAAUCAUUAUGUAAUAUAUAUGGUGAUGUUGCAAAGAAUACAAAUAACACCAACUUGUCAGCUAGUGCAACUAUUUUUGUUAACAAAUAUACAAAUCUCAACGAUUAUUAUAAUAUUGAAAAUACCUCAUAUAGUAAAAUAUUGUCUAAUAUAUUAACUUAUUAUAAUAAAUUAAAAAAUAAAUGUGCUGAAAGAAUUACUGAUCCUGUACAAUUACCAAGUCUUCCAACAGGAAGAGCAACAAAAAAAUUUUUACGAAAUUCAUCAAUACAAAUUUCAUUAAUCCCAAUGACAUUUAUUUUCUUUGCAUUACUUAUAUAUUUAGGAAUUGUGUAUAAGCGUUCAUCAUUUGACUUUCGGAAAAAGCUUCAAAAACUCAAUUUAAGAAUCAAAAAAAUAAAGAGGAAAAUAAAUCAUUAA